GCGUGUGCAUUCGGCUACGCACACUGGGCCGAAUCCUUCACCGCCGUCUACCACAUCUCCCUUCUCCGUCUCGUCAUCUUCUCCCACGUCACCUUCUGCAUCAACAGCGCCGCCCACAAAUACGGCUACAAGCCUUACGACAAAAACAUCACUCCUACACAAAUCCCCGCACUGUCUUUUGCCGCUUUAGGAGAAGGAUAUCAUAAUUAUCACCAUGUCUUCCCGUAUGACUACAAAACAGCUGAAUUGGGAAACAAUUUUAUGAACUUAGCAACAAACUUCAUAGAUUUCAUGGCAUGGAUAGGAUGGGCUUAUGAUUUGAAGAGCGUUUCUGAAGAUAUGGUUGUAAAGAAAAUGAUGAAGACUGGAGAUGGAACUGAUCUGUGGGGGAGAUUUCCGGAGAAUGAUGAUUAUAUUUGGGGGUGGGGCGAUCAAGAUAUGUCAGAAGAAGAUAAGAAAGCUUUACUACAUUUUUAAUAAAUUAUAUUUCAUAAUUUGUUACAUUUUAAUGAAUAUCAAAUUCUUGAUAUUAUCAAAACCACAUAGGUAACGAAAAGUGAAAAGUCGACUUACAGUUAAUUAAGUAAGGGAAGAAGUGACCAAAAGAAGUGCCGAGAAAAGAAGAAUACCUAUCGUGGCCCAGAAAUCUGCACCAAAGAAAGCA